UUCACAAAUAAGCCGAGCCAAGCCCUCCGCACCCGCAGAACCCGCACACAAACCCCUCUCCUCCAUCCCAGUGGGAAACGAAUAAACCAUAAGCAAUGGAAGGAUUCAAACACACAUAUGUACAUACACAAACGCCUACUAAUCUUACAUGUACUCCCCCUCUUAUUUCUCACGCCGUCCAAAUGUACCCCAACCUCACCAAAUCCUUACCCUACCCUCACCACACUAUACCGAAUCCCCCCCUCGCUCCGCUCCCACGCCGCAGCAGGGAUUGAUGCAGUUCAACGCAGACCCCAAUCUAGCGCUAGCACUAAGUAA